AAAAGAGAGACAGCAACCGCAAUAGAGUGCUGAGAGUUGUACUAUUUCUCUGUAGAAGAAGAAAACAGAGAGAAACUUGAGUGACGGGAUAAAAAUCUCUUCGUCUCUCACUUUCGACUGAGUCUGAUCGAUUUUUGGAAUGUCCUUUUGAUUGAUUCGAUUGGAUUCGUUCAAGUUUAUUUUUUCCCUCAUUUAGUAUCUGUUGGAUUACUAUUUUUGUUUUAGUUUAAUUGAGCAAGUGUUGGAUGUUUUGAGUUUUGAUUCAGUGAAAUUUCUGAAUCCAAAAUCUGGUUUGAAGUAUUUGAGUUGUGAAUUGGGGAGUGACAUUUGGCAUUUGGUGGAGGAAGUAAACCCUAAUUCAGGAAUGGCGACGGCUUCCUCAGCUCAAAAUUCUCCUCAGGAACACUUUUUGACUUCCUCUUCUUCUACGGGUGAAGAUUUUCAGCUUGAAAACGGAAAGAAGCCAGUGUGGAACAACCCGUCGAAUGGUGAGGUAGCGAGUGCUGUAAUGGGUGCCGAAUCAUGGCCAGCUCUUUCCGAGUCUGCUCGUGCAUCCCCUAAAUCUGCUGGAUCAAUCACUAUCUCACAGGUGGAUUUGAAUGGAGCUUCACCAAAGCAAGUUAGUAGUAGUAUUCCAAGUCCAAAUUCACCUUCCUCUCGCCCGAAGUGUAGUAGUGGCAGCUCCAGUCCGCACAUGCGAGCUACAAACGAUAUUUCUCCAACUCCUCUCGCAGAAUAUGGUUCCUUGGUCAAUACACCGACUCAUAAUAGUACAGGUAAACUUUUAGCUGGAGAACCUUCCAGGGAUAAGGAGGGUGGCCAUAGAGGAGGGUCUUAUAGUGCAAAUGAGACACAACCACAACGUACUUAUAGAAGGCAUUAUAGUGGACCACUGAUUCGCGGAGAUGGUUCUUAUCACCACGGUGGGCGACGUGAUCAAGAACGUGGUGGAAAACAAGAUUGGGGUCAUCGGAGUUUUAACCAUAGAGAAAGUCAUGGAUCCCAACAACAAACAGGGUCUAGGCCUUUCCUACGUGGACCGGCUCCUAAUACGCCUUUUGUUCCUCCACCUCCAGUUGUUGUACGGCCUUUUGUUGCACCUGUGGUUUAUACGGAAAUGCAAUCACCUGUAUUUUAUGUUCCCGGGCCUCACCCAGAUUCACUUACUCCUAUCCCUAUGGUUCCAAUGCCAUCAAUGUUUUUCUCCAUGCAUGAUCCUCACUUGCCUACCAAGAUAGUGAAUCAGAUCGAGUAUUAUUUUAGUAACGAGAACUUGGUAAAAGACACAUUCUUGCGCCAAUAUAUGGAUGGCGAGGGAUGGGUAUCUAUUAAGUUAAUAGCAAGCUUCAAGAAAGUCAUUCAGCUGACAGAUAAUAUUCAUCUUAUACUAGAUGUUAUAAAAUCUUCAAAUGCUUUGGAAGUACAGGGUGAUAAGGUGAGGCGCAAAGGAGAUUGGAUGAAGUGGAUAAUGACUCCUACUCAAACUACUGAAGUGAGUCCUCAAUCAGUUAACAGAUCCAGUCCAAAUAUGCUUGUAGCACAUCUCAACAGCGUUACACUGGAUGAGGAAGCAGCAACGUAGAGAGAGGCAUAUACCUUACUGUCGUCUGGAAAUGUGGAAUCUUCGACACAAUCUAUUACAACAGACAAGCUGUUGAGAGACCACAGCUCUCACACUGCUGGACUUUUGUUUCUCUCUCUCUAAUCUCUUUUCACUGAUUAUUUUAGAGAAGUUGAGAGGAAAGAUCAACCAGCAGUUUAUGCUGGAUAUAUUAUUUACCGGGAGAUAGUUGAUUUUGGUUUUAAUAUAUGUGAUGGGAUUGUUGCUAUAAACAAAUAAAAACACGAAGCUUGGUGAAGAAGAUAGGAGGAUAGAAAAUAAUGAACAGGUUUUUUUGUAAUGGGAUCUACUUUUGUUUACUUAGGGAUCUUUGUAUGCUAUUGUUCGCAUUUUACUUGUUGAA